AAUCACCUAAAAACAAUCCUUUUUCGAUUCGCAACCCACCGUUCAAAAUUCCCCGUAAUGCGUGAAAUCAUCGCCAUCCAUCUGGGCCAGUGCGGCAACAAGGUCGCGCAAAGCUUCUGGGAGACGCUGUGCGAGGAGCACUGCCUGAACGAGCGCGGCCAGUUCAUGGGGAAGCACUUCCUGCCGCUGCAGCGGAUGAACGUGUACUUUGACGAGGCCCCGUGCUGCAACUUUGUCCCGAGGGCGAUUUUUGCCGACUUGGAGCCGGGGACGCUGAACGGGUUGAAGUGCAGCCGGUACGGGAAGCUGUUUUCGCCGGAGAGCAUGAUCAACGGGGUGCUCGGGGCGGGCAAUAAUUGGGCCCGGGGGUACCACACGGAGGGGGCGGAACUGCUGGACAGGAUCGUGGACGUUACGCGGAAGAUGGUGGAGGGGUGUGACUGCUUUCAGGGCUUCCAGCUGGUGCACUCGAUAGGGGGUGGGACGGGAUCGGGGUUGGGUACGCUGUUGAUGGAGAAUCUGAAGGAUGACUAUCCGAGGAAGAUCAUCAACACGUUCAGCGUGAUUCCGUCGGCGAAGGUUUCCGAAGUGGUCGUCGAGCCGUACAACGCCGUGUUUACGCUGAGCAGCAUGAUCGGCUGCAGCGAUGAGACGUUCUGUCUGGACAAUGAAGCCCUGUACGAUAUUAACAUGACCACGCUGCGAAUUGAGAAGCCAUCCCUCGAUGACCUGAAUCAUCUGAUCUCGAUGGCAAUGGCCGGAAUCACUUGCAGCUUCCGCUAUCCGGGUCAGCUGAAUUCGGAUCUUCGCAAGCUACUUACAAACAUGGUUCCGUACAAGAAGCUGCACUUCUUCGUGCCCGGAAUCGCUCCCCUGACUUCAAUUGAGAAUCAGUGCUACAGGCAGCUGUCCGUGGCGGAACUGGUCAACCAGAUCUUCGACGAACGCAACCUGAUGGCAGCUUGCUGUCCAACCAAAGGCAAGUACCUCACGGCGGCCGCCCUGUUCCGGGGUCGUGUCUCCACCCGGAUCGUGGAAGAACAGAUGGCCAACAUUCAGCAGAAGAACGCCAACUGCUUCAGCCAGUCGAUUCCGAACAACGUCAAGUCGGCCAUUUGCGACAUUCCGCCACAUGGGAUGAAGAUGGCAGCCACGUUCAUAGCCAAUACCACAGCCAUUACUCAGCUGUUCAACCGGCUGUUGGACCAGUUUGGAACCAUGUUCCGACGGAAGGCGUUCAUCCACUGGUACACCGGCGAGGGCAUGGACGAGCGAGAGUUUUCCGAGGCCGAGCAGUGCGUUCGGGGAUUGGUCAAGGAGUACGAAGAGUACGACGAGGGAGGUCUUCCGGCGGGUUCAACUCGGGGUUCGUUUAAGGGCGGCUCGAUGAUGGGUUCCACCAAGGGGUCCGUUCACAGUAUGAACUGAGCUACGUAUAAUAAA